AUGGAAAUUGGCAACAUAACCACAGUCACUGCAUUUGUUCUCCUGGGACUAUCCAACAACCCUCAGACCCAGGCAAUACUCUUUGUACUCUUCCUGGUGAUUUACCUCCUGACCCUCAUGGAAAACCUGCUGAUGCUGCUGGUGAUCAGAGCUGAUUCCCAUCUCCACACCCCCAUGUACUUCUUCCUGAGUCACCUCUCCUUCCUGGAUGCUUUCUAUUCCUCAAUCAUUGUGCCUAAGCUGCUAGAGAACCUUCUUUCCAAGUGGAAGACUAUAGCCCUUCUUCAGUGUUUCGCCCAGAUUUCCUUGGUCAUAGUUUCUGGAGCCACUGAAGCAUGCCUCCUUUCCGUAAUGGCCUAUGACCGGUUCCAGGCUGUGUGCCACCCACUGUCGUACAUGGUGGCUAUGAACAGGAAAGUGUGCAUUGGCCUGGUGGGAGCAUCCUGGGCCAUAGGAAUGGCGACUGGCCUAGUAAACACCCUUCUUCUGGCUCAACAGCACUUCUGUGGCCCCAAUCUCAUCAAAAGUUUUGUCUGUGAGCUUCCACAAGUGCUCCUCUUGGCCUGUUCUGACCCUUACAUUAGCAAUGUCACCAUCCUGACAACCAUGGUGGUCCUGGGCUUUGGCACCCUUGUCCCAUUACUGGGUUCCUACACCCGCAUCAUCAUGGCAGCCCUGGGCAUCAACUCUACCUCAGGUCGAAGCAAGAUCUUCUUCACUUGCUCUUCUCAUGUUCUUGUGGUCAUCAUCUUUUAUGGUUCAGGAAUGUUCAGGUACAUGACUACAGCAUCUGGCUCAGUCCUGGAGCAAGUGCUCUCCGUGCAGUACAGUGUGGUGACCCCUCUGUUAAACCCCCUCAUCUAUAGUCUGAAGAACCAGGAGGUGAAGGCAGCUCUGAAGAGGGUGCUGGCCAGGAAGCCCAGGCUGACCUUAUAA